AUGGAGCGAGCUCUCGGGGAGCCGGCGCUCGUGCUGUGCGGCGUCUGCAUGGACAGCGAAGAGCACGAAGAGAGAUGGAUGCCGCUUCGUAGUGGAGACGACCAGGCGCUGCUGGUACGCGACGUGUGUGUUCGCCCGCACUGCCCGCGGCUGCAGGUGCGCGGUCACUUGUGUGUCAAUCACAUUCUGGAGCUUGAACUCGCGUGGCAGGGCAACUACAGCGUGCGUGCUUGCCAUGGUUGCCGUGUGAGCGCACUGCAGAUCUAUAGCGACAAGAUUGAUGUAUGGUUCAUACUGGCCGCCAGCGAGCAUACAACCGUCGCACAUGGUGUAGAGCGCCGUGUCAAGACGCCGUUAUCGGGUGCUUUGGCCAUUUCGAACACGCCUGUACGUGCCGCGGCGGCUGGGAAGAGGCCGAUUGGGAAGCGGCAAAGCCUCCGACGCAAGUCCAGCCGAUUCAUUAAGCAGCAUGUGCAGAAAGAGCAAAUGAUCGCGCUCGAAUGGAGCUUGGGCAACCUGCCGCUGGAAAAGAGCAAGCAUCUUUGGAAAGAUAACCGCAAACGUGUGGAGAUGGAGAAGGAUCCAGAGGCCUACUACGCGGCUGCUAAGCCACCGGUCAAGGAAGCGCCCGACGUGAACGCCCUACCGGAGCCCCUGGAUACUUUCUGUGCCGCACUGGGAUGUCAACGUUUUGCCAAGACUGACAACCGAUGUCGCUUCCACUCGUCCAAGCCGCUCGUGUUUAUCAAAUCCGUGGCCAAGGCCAACGAGGCCAGUGCUUCGGCGAAGUGA